GUAAUUUAUUUUGUGUCUAGCCCAUAUCAGUUUCAGAAGUCGACCACGCUGACCCUAUAAUCGUUGUGAACCAGUCAAACCAGGUUCUCGUCCGUUAGUUUGUUAGAUUUGAUUUCUCGUAAGACCAGAUUCUCUGCUUUUACUGAAUCUUCUCAUCUCCACAAUCCAAUUUUUCACUUUAUGACGAUUUUCAAGUUCUGAAUUUCUAAGUCGUCAUUUUUCAUUAGCAGCGACAUCGACACCCACGAAGUCACGCCAGCUCCAGCGACUUGAGGAUCCAUCGUAUUCAUCCCGUCGUUUAACUGAGAUCGUAAAGAAGCAGGUUGUUACUCUGUAGACCCGUUUUUUCCCAGAUGGUUGCUUGUGGCUACUUAGUUCCCGCCAACCUUGCCACUCCAUUCUAAAACAUAAUCUAGACCAAGUCUAUCGUCAACCAUAAGUCUAGCAUAAAUUUAUUCAGCAAACCAUAAGAUCAUAAGACUAGCCAAAGUCUUCCAACUAAGAAAGUCUAUCUAAAUUUGAUAAGAGCCAUAAGAGUAAUAAGUCUAGUGACUAUUGUAAAAUCAUAAAUCUUCAUCAUGUCUGACAUUGAAAGCUACCGCUCGGAGUCAGAAGAAGCAAGAAAAAUCCUUUCGGAUGCUACCAGAUCCGACGAUGUCUUGAACGACCAUAGAAAUCAAUUACCCUCUUUGCCAGUUCGUAACCCGGCUUCUGCUGCAAUCACCGACUCGUCCGCUGUCUCCGAUUCUGACAGCGAAGAAGAACUCCCUGCUCAGGAAACGGAAAAGUCUCUGCCUACUGCUGGAUCUUCCAGAAGACCAUCCGGGAGAACAUCUCAAGACCAAAGAAGAAAAACUAGUAGAAGAGCAACAGAAGUUCCUGCCACUAUAGUGACCGACACUUCUUCUCCAGAAGGCAAGCCUACCAAUCGUUCUUACAUGAACACUUUACGUAGGGACUUCUACUUGAAGGAUGAAGACGAAGACGACUCUCACGAUGCACCUGUUCCUAUCUUGAGAAGCAACACCAGGAGAAACAGAUCAAGGUCACAAAGGACGAAUCUGGCAAUGCUAAUCCAGGAAUCUUCCAGAAAGAACUCUUUCAACGAGUCCAACAAUCUCGAGUCUGACUUGGUUUCUCCCAUGACGAGAAUCAAGACUGCGGAUAGUAAUGUUUCCGAUAACCACGGAGUCAGAAGAGAAAGAAGAGCAUCCAGAUCGUCAAUAGAUAGCGAAGCCGAUUCUCAUGCCUCUAGAACUUCUCAGGAAACAGAAGAAGAUGUCUGUUUUCCCAUGUUGAGAGAACAUAUUCGUAUUAAAGGAAUCGAUUUCGACGAAAUCGAAGAAUUUAUCAGAGAUGAGAGAGAACAGGAAGAGAUGAUGAGACAAGAGAAGUUCAUUAUUGCCCAAAAGACAGCCUCUAGAGUCACUUCUAGAGAUGCAAGAUCUACUGGUUCCAUCUCCAACGUUUCAAGAAGCAGCACUGCUGCGUUGAAGUAUACACCCAAGAACAUCUUGAAAAAAACAAACACCGCUUUGUCCAAGUUCAAGUCCCGCAAAUUACCUUCUGACUCGUCCAGUGGAAACGAUGAGUACGAAUUGAAAAAUCACAGCAUCAGAAAUGAUAUUUAUCUUCCUGAUGAUUCCUCUUCUGACAAGGUCAAAUUUGGAGGCACCAGAAUCAGCGAUGGCGACUCUUCCUUGCCAGACAGAUUCUCUUUCUUCAGCUCAGAGUCCGAAGAAACAAUCCACGCGCCAGAUAUUCCUUCCUUGGUUGAACCUGGUCAAACUGUUCGAGAGCUCUUCAGAAACGGCGAGGGCACGUGGUGGUUAGACUGUGUUUGUCCUACUGAUGCUGAGAUGAAGUUGUUGGCAAAGGCUUUUGGAAUCCAUCCUUUGACUGCAGAAGAUAUCCGGAUGCAAGAAACGCGUGAAAAAGUUGAGUUGUUCAGAAGCUAUUACUUUGUCUGUUUCCAUACUUUUGAGCCAGACAAGGAGUCUGAGGAUUACUUGGAGCCCAUCAAUGUGUAUAUUGUGGUAUUUACCGACGGUAUUUUGACGUUCCACUUUUCUCCUAUUUCGCACCCUGCCAGUGUGAGAAGAAGAGUUCGUCAGUUGCGAGACUAUGUAGAUGUCAGUGCUGACUGGUUGUGUUACGCCAUGAUCGAUGACAUUACCGAUGGUUUUGCACCUGUGAUCACUGGAAUCGAGUAUGAGGCAGAUGCCAUAGAAGACUCUGUGUUUGUGGCUCGUGACUUAGACUUCAGUAACAUGUUGCAAAGGAUUGGGGAAUCCAGAAGAAAGGUGAUGACGUUAAUGCGGUUGUUGUCUGGUAAAGCUGAUGUCAUCAAGAUGUUUGCUAAAAGAUGUCAGGAUGAGGCAGCUGUUCAACACGUCAGUGUUAUGCCUAUCGUAAGCGGUACUGGAACUCCUACAGGCUCCACCCCCUCACCUUAUCCGGUUGGCUUUGGGCAAGGUGGAACUGGUGGAGUCAGUUUCGGACCCGGUCCAGGAGCGCCAGCCAGCACCAUCAAUCCCACCAACCAGUGGCAGUUCAACAGCAUGGGAGGUAGAGCUCAACCCAGAGCAGACAUAGCAUUAUACUUGGGUGAUAUUCAGGAUCACGUCGUCACCAUGUUCCAAAAUUUAUUAGCAUACGAAAAGAUUUUUUCUCGAAGCCACUCCAACUACUUGGCCCAGUUGCAGGUAGAAUCGUUCAACUCCAAUAAUAAGGUCACAGAGAUGUUGUCCAAGGUCACCUUGCUUGGUACGAUGUUGGUGCCAUUGAACUUGGUUACAGGUUUGUUUGGUAUGAACGUUCACGUGCCCGGCGAGGCUCAGGAGGGAGAUUCAUACCGUUGGUUUUUCGGCAUCAUUGGUGUCAUGAUCGCUAUCAUUAUCUGUUCGUUGAUCUUCGCCAAAUGGUGGUUAGGAAGAAUCGACAACACACCACCCCCUCCUGGAAUGAGUUCCAGAAGAUCUAUCAAAAGCUUGGGCUUGAGAACAAGAACCAAAGAAGCCGCCAAAUCGAUUCUCAGCUUCCCCAAUAAAUAUGACUAGAUUGGGAGUCUUGCUUUUUUAAUUCUAUUUACUUCAUCAGUGUUCUCGUGCGUUUAUUUGGCUCCUUAUUCCUUUAUAGAUUCAGAUACAAGUCUACAUAUUUAUUUAUUAAUAGUUGUUUGAUUAUGGGUUAGUUAGCAAAAGAUAUAAUACAUCAAUUAAAUAUUAU